UUUCCUCUAUAAAUUCUUCAAUACCCAAAACUAAAUUUUUCAUAGUUGAACUUACAACAAUACAAGUGAGAAAAACAGUAAUAAGAACAAAGAAAAAUGAGGGCGACACCAAAAGUAGAAAUAUGGAAGUCACCAAUACCAUACCUCUUUGGUGGUUUGUUUUUGCUUAUUUUGCUUAUAGCUUUAGCAUUACUCUCAUUGGUCUGCACAAACAAAAAGACUCCUUCUUCUUCAUCUUCUUCUAAUGACACCAAUCCUGUGGGCGAAGAGGACGACACCGGAGACAACAAAUCUAAGAUUAUUAUGGUAGAGUACUUACCUAAGAUCGUAGUGAUUUUGGCCGGAGAGGAUAAACCUAGUUGCUUGGCCGUUCCGGUGAUUCCUCCACCGUCUUCCAUUUAUCCUUGUAACUGCGGCAAUGUUACUGUCGUCUCAACCUAACUCAUUUACUUCUCUUUUUUCUUUUGCCAGCACAAAGAAUAAGAGAUUUCAACUUUUGUAAUAAUCAUCGGCAAUUUUGUAGUAGUCGACUGUUUUUGAUGGGUGGUAGACUGGUAUAGUAUAGAUAAAGUUUUGUUUAAUGCUUUCUUAUGAACUGCAAAAGUUUUGUUUAAUCUUGAGAUUACUAUAUCGAAUA